AUGGCUACUUCGCAGACCUUUUUAGAGCGCUAUGCUCAGAUAGGCGCCCUGGAUCAGCAAAAAAAUGAGCUCAUCGAGGAACUCUUGCAAAGAGUCACCGAUCUCGAAAAUUCCUUUCGGCAGGAAAAACUCGACCGUGAACGAGAGACGCGCUUCAACCGCGACAUCCAGCUGCACGAGAUGGAGUUGAUGGACCAGAUAUCGCGAAUCAAGACUAUUAUGGACCGAGAACCCUUCGUGGUCGUACUUUUGGACGGAGAAGGCAUAAUUUUCAGGGACGACUUCUUGCAGCUCGGCGAACAGGGCGGGCGCAGUGCGGCCAAGCAGCUAUGGGCCACCCUCGAAGCCUACGUCGCCGAGACUUUCCCAAGCGUCAUUUCGCCCAAGAUAAUGACCAAGAUCUACCUCAAUGUGAAAGGGUUCGGGGAGAUGUGCGCUCGCAAUGGCAUCACCUCGGAGCCUACCACCAUUAAUGACUUUAUUCGCGGCUUUAAUGAGUCCCUGUCCUUCUUUGAGAUCGUGGAUAUUGGCGCUGGCAAGAACAAAGCGCACGAUAAAAUUCGAGAGUCCCUCAAGCUUUAUUUGUACAAUUGCCACUGCCAUCAGAUCUUCCUUGGCUGUCCAUCGACCAGCGAGUAUGCUCGUUUCUUGGAAGACAUCUUGACAGAUGGGGAUCUCACCGGCCGCAUUUCGCUGGUGGAAGGUCUUCCGUUUGAGAAGGAUAUGGAAGUCGUGAGGGAAUCUUACCGAGUCACCUCUUUCCCGGAUAUCUUCCGCAUGGUCAAAAUUGUUGCACCCUGGAAUGCGCCUUGGAGGGGCACUCUGGCGACUGCAUCCCGGUCUGUGCUCACCCCGUCGCCCACCCAGCAGUUCCAGCAGACUUCGGCUCCUCUGUCGCGAACCUCCACCAGCACCAACCUUUCGGGAGCCGGUGCGCCUUUGUCGGCCUCGACCGCAAAUCAGGAUCCUGCCGACUUCCAGCCGGUCGCCCGCUCCAAGGCGUCCAAUUCCACACCUCCCAAAACUGUCGAACGGAACAAGUACGGCCAGCGCGUCGACCGGUUUGACUUCAAGGCUAUUAAUCGGGAUGAGCUGAACCGCUUGAAGAAGCUCAAGCUCUGCAACUAUUAUUUCCUGCUCGGAGAGUGCCCUAAUGAAGAAAACUGCUACCAUGAUCACGACCGCAAAUUGACCCGCCAGGAACUUCACACCCUGUCGGCAAUUGCUCGCAUGACCCCCUGCCGUUUUGGAUUGGAUUGCUCUGACCCGGAUUGCAUCUACGGUCACCGCUGCCCUCAGAGCGAACCUGGCAAGAAGACAUGCUUCCGGGGUGAGAGUUGUCGCUUCGAGCCUGUGGCGCACGGCAUCGACACAAACAUCGUGAAAGUGACCAAGGUUUGA